AUGGUGGUUGGAGAACCUGGAUUGGGAAAAACUACCUUGAUUAACACCCUCUUCAACAAACCAGUUUUGACGAAAAAUGUCGACGAGGAAAGAGAAGAAUUUCCUGCUGUGACGGUGCAACUGACGGCGUCAGAGAUUGAAGAAGAUGGCAUCAAGUUGCGUUUAAAUGUGGUGACGGCUCCAGGAUUUGGGGCUCUUACUAACAACGCCGAAUCGUGGAAACCUAUUGCCGAUGAAAUUAACACGCGAUUCGACACCUACUUGGAAUCAGAGAGCAGGCUCAGCCGGACUACCAUCGAGGAUCCUCGGAUUCACGCUCUUCUUUACUUCAUUGAACCUAGUGGUCAUUCAUUGAGGGCUUUGGAUAUUGCAUUUAUGAAGCAGGUGCACGACAAGGUCAAUUUGAUCCCUGUGAUCGCCAAGGCCGACACUCUUACCGACGACGAAAUUGUUGAGUUCAAGAGAAGAAUCUUGGACGAUAUCAAGUACCAGGGUAUCAGUGUGUUUAAACCGCUGGUUCACGAGACCGAUGACGACGAUGCCGCGGUGUUAAACAAUAACGUGCUCUCAAAACUCCCCUUCGCUGUGGUGGGGUCUACAAACUACGUACAGUCAGCCGAUGGUCGUUCCGUGCGUGGGAGAAGCUAUCCGUGGGGAAUAAUUGAAGUUGAAAACGAAAACCACAACGACUUUGUGAGAUUGCGGGAGUUGUUGAUCCGUAAUUACAUGGAAGAGUUGAAGGAAAACACCAACAAUGUCCUCUACGAAAACUAUCGUAGUGCCAAGUUGUUACGUAUGGGCAUUGAGCAGGAUGAGUCCGUGUUCAAGGAGUUUGACCCAUUGGCCAAGCAGGAGGAAGAAAAGGCACUUCAUGAAGCCAAACUUGCCAAGAUGGAGCAAGAGAUGAAAGCAGUGUUCCAACAAAAGGUCAGCGAAAAGGAAAAGAAAUUACAGAGGUCUGAAGCCGAUUUGUUCUCACGUCAUAAGGAAAUGAAGGACAAGUUGAGCAAACAAAUAAAGUUAUUGGAAGAUAAGAAGGCACAGUUGGAGAAGCAAAAACUGUUGCCACAAGAUCCUCCCGCCCCAGCCCCACAAAAGAGUCGUAAGGGCUUUUUGCGUUAG